AGAUUCAGUUUCCCUGCUGCCUGCUUGUCUUCUCCGUCUCACUCUUUCCGUCUCAGACAAAUCGGGUGGUAAAGAUCGAGCUUUUGGACGGAAAUGCCCUCGGAAAGGGACUGCGUGGUGAAGAAGUGUCCGGCAAAGUAGGACGGCAUCAUCGUGAUUUCGUGCUCCGUGAGUGGCUUUUUCUUCGCCCGUUGUUCCUUUCGUCGCCAAGCAAGCAAGCAACGAUGAGAUAGAUCUGUCUCUCGACCUGGUGCUGUGCUCCGGCCGGGGUUCAAAGGCGACGGCUGUCCUCUUCCGAGCUUCUGUAUGCGGAGCAGGGAGGAUUAGGAGGGGCUUCUACGUUAGGGAUUGAAGAGUGAAGCCAUGGGGAUUGGUACUCGUUUAUCAACCGGAUGAAAGUUAAUAUUAUUUUGGAAAAUUAAGUGGUUAUUCUGUCACUGAGAUAAAGUCAGGCAGUUGUUUGCUAGUGAGGAACAGGAGUGUAGUUUGUACAUGCUUGUUGAUAAAAUGUUGGUACCGAAACAAUAUCGUUGCACACACUCAGCUACAUGCUUAUGCACAAAGGGUCACUUGAGUGAGGAUGCAAUCUACCUUGUCUUCCAGCAUCUGAACUGGAACCCAAGAUUGAUUGCAGUUAUGUCUUGUGUUUGCAAAUGGUUUGAUGAAAUUGCCAAGUGCAUCUUCUGGAAAGAGUUUUGCCGAACAAGGGCCCCAAAAAUGAUGCUGGAUUUGCAGUCCUGUGGAAGUCACAGUGUUGAUGGAAACUGGAAAGCACUUGGAAAGCUUCUCAUUCAUUGUUCAGGUAGCAGCAUCUGUAGUAUUGCCCAUGUCCCAGGUCACUUUGUUUACAGGACUAGGUUUUCUAGGACUUCAGGAAAAAGCUUUCUUCUUCCACAGUGCAAGACAGACGUCUUGUAUGUGUCAGACCCUUGUGAACAUCUUGAUCAAGGAGAUGAUGGUGAUGUAGGAAGCUUUCGUGGCAUGUUCAAAUCAUUUUCUGUGUCGAAGGUAAGGAAGAUGCUUAUUGAUAGGCAGGUCCAAUUCCAUCCGACACAGGUGUGCCCAUAUUGCAAGGCAAAAUUGUGGAAUAUGCUGCAGGCCAAUAUGAUACCUAGGAGUGCUUGCAACAGGUUGGGUGCUUAUGAUGACAGCAUUGAGUGUUUUGUAUGUCUCAAUGGGCACAUGUUAGGUGCAUGCACUCUGCUACCACUAUCUGACUCUGAGGGAGCAUCAGAUUUUGACUAAUGCUCAAAUAUGCUCAAAAUUUGUGUGAGAAGUUUCAGUCGGCGGGACUGACAAAGAAAAUCGAGCAGAUGAUGAUACACUAUCAGCAGCAAUCUGGUGGGUUGCAUGCCUCAAAUGCGUCCUAUGAGCCCAGAGAUCAGAACUUGUUUGAAGAACAAGAGAAAAAUUGCAGCAUGAGGAAGUGAAUGAGUAUUGAUCUGGAGAAUCUUGUUUGAAUGCUGCAUCAAAAUUCAAGACUAAAACUGUUUGGGAGACCAAAAGUUUGGAGUUCUUUUUAUUGUUUGGAAAACCAAAAUUUUUAUUAUCGCUUAAAUACUAUGCUUCCUUGGAACGGUGAUGGUCUUACAAGAUUUAUAACAGCUUCUAUGAAGUAGAUAAAA